AUUUCUCAUUCAGAUCAUUGUUUUUUUCUCUAUGAAAAGUACUUUCUUUUCUUCUUCUGUUUGCUUCACUAACCUUUGGAAGAAAUAAAGACCCAGCCUUUUUUCCCCUUGUGGUUAUAGUAUCUUCUUUGACGGUAUAAUGAGAUUCUAAAAAAAUGUGAUUUUGUUUCAAGGAAGCAGGAUAUUGGUGUAUGUUUCAAGAUCAGCUUCAUUUUUCUUAUUUCUUUCUAUAUUGACGGUGAUAGAGUUGUCUAUAGAAAGAAGAGGAAAGCUAUAAACCUUCAGCUGUUUGAUAUUGUUGUUUAAGUGAUCCUUUUACAAUGAGAGGAGGUAGAGGAAAAGCAAAGAAGCAGAAUGUUGUUUCUUCUCUUGAUGAUCCAGCAAGCGGUGAAGAUGAAAAACUUCCUGCUUAUAAGAGAAGAGGAAGGCCGCAAAAGCAAACGAGGGAUGAUGUCGAUGAAGAUGAAGUGGAGAAGGCUGAAGAAGAUGGUGAAGAUGUAAAAGGUUCGGUUCCUGCCAAAGAGAUGAAAAAUCAGGCUGCCACAGAGAACGGAAGGAAGAGGAAAAGGUCAAUUCAAGCAAAAGAAAACAUAGAUUCAAUCAAGAAAGCAAACGGUGUCACAACGAAGUCGAGCACAGAUGAUUCAACUAAACCGGUUGGAUACCGGCAAAAUGGUAGCAGACGCAAAAACAAGCCUCGAAGGGCCGCCGAAGCUGUUGUUGAGUGCAAGUGAGAUUCUGGGUUGAAAAAUCAUUC